AUGCCCAAAACCGCCGUGAAGCAAAAAUCCCGCCAAAAGCCCAACCCGUUCCAGAAGGCCGGGCUGGUGCGCCCAGACGACGACGUCGACAUGCACAACGCCGCCGAGACCGUUCGGGAGAAGGACGAGGCCGAGGAGAAACUGGAGAGACUGCUUUUUGGCGAUGAUGACGGGUUCACAGGGGCAUUGAAGAGCCAGAAUGCGCGCGGGCUGGUCGCCCUCGGACGGGAGAGCGACGAGAGCGACGCGGACGACGACCACGACAGUGAGGAGGAUGAUGUGGAGGGAAAGGAUUUGGACGAUGUUGACGAUGCCGAUCUGUUCUUCCUUGACUCGGGCGCCGGCCCCGUCUCGACAGACGCCGCCGAAUCGACAACGUCAACGACAUCGUCCGAGGCCGAGAGCGACGAUGACGGGCCGCCGGCGCUGUGGCACGACAGCGACGACGAGCGCAUGACCAUCUCGCUGGCCAGCCACCAGCGGCUGCGCAAGCUGCGCGUCGCCGAGUCCGAGGACAUCAUCAGCGGCAAGGAAUACAUCCGCCGGCUGCGCCGGCAGUUCACGCAACUACACCCGGUGCCCGGGUGGGUGGAGCAGGCGACACAGAAGCAGCGCGACGAGGACUCGGACUCGGACCGCGGCGACGGCAUGGACACCGACGACGACGAGAUCUCCCCCAUGCAGCCGCUGGCCAAGUUGCUCCAGGGCGCGACGGAUCUGACCAAGCUCGAGGACACGCGCGGCGGCAAGCGCAGGCUGCGCCAGGAGAUGCUGGAUAUCCACCGACUGAAGGAUGUGGGACGGGACCAGCCGUCCUCGGUCGACUCGCUCAUGUUCCACCCGCAUUACCCGCUGCUUCUGUCGUCGGGCCCGGCAGCGACACUCUUCCUGCACCACAUUGCGCCGUCCGCACCGGCGUCGAACCCGCUCCUCACAUCGCUGCACAUUCGGCGCACCCCCAUCCACACGUCGGCGUUUGCGCCGCCAACCGGCAACAAAAUCUACGCCGCCGGCCGCCGGCGGUUCUUCCACAUCUGGGACCUGGACACGGGCAAGGUGGACAAGGUGAACAGCACGGCCGACCGCCGGGAGGAGCAGAAGUCGAUGGAGCGGUUCAAGGUGUCGCCGUGCGGGCGGUUCGUGGGGCUGGUCGGGUCGUCGCGCAAGGGCGGCGGCCUGAUCAACGUGCUGGACGCGACGACGGCGCAGUGGGUCGCGCAGGUGCGCGUCGACGGCCGCGGCGGCGUCGCCGACUUUGCCUGGUGGAGCGACGGCGAGGGCCUGACGGUCGCCAGCAAGAACGGCGAGGUGUCCGAGUGGGACGGCCGGCUGAACCGCGUGGUCGCGCGCUGGAUGGACGCCGGCGCCGUCGGCACGACGGUGCUGCGCCUCGGCGGCCGCUCCGGGCGGACGCAGCUCGGCGGCGAUCGCUGGGUGGCCAUCGGCAGCUCCAGCGGUGUGGUCAACGUCUACGACCGUCGCGAGUGGGCGGCGGCGUACGCGGCGGCGUCCAAGUCCGACGACGCUGCGUCGGCUAUCCCGCGCAACCCGACGCCGGUGCGCGCGCUCGACCAGCUCACCACGCCCAUCAGCCAUGUGGAAUUUGCGCCGGACGGACAGUUCUUCGUGAUGGCGAGUCGGUGGAAGCGCGACGCCUUGCGAAUCGUCCAUCUGCCGUCGUGCACCGUGUACCGCAACUGGCCGACGUCGAAUACGCCACUGGGCCGGAUCUCGUCGGUGGCCAUCUCGCCCAACUCGGAGCAGCUGGCGGUGGCCAACGAGCAGGGGCGGAUCCGGCUGUGGGAGAUCCGGGGGUAA